AGACAGUUGAGCUCCAGCGGAAGGUGUAAGGGGAAGGGAAACGGUAGAUAGGCUAGGGAGGGGAGUGUUAAUCUCACUUGUAGAACGCGCGGUGGUUACCAAAUGUUUCCAUGAAAAUAACAAAUAAUUAUAGAACGAUAGUUCUGCAAAAAAUAUAAUAUAUUUGCAGCGAACAUUUGCAUUGAGCAGUAUUUUUUUUCUUUUGCAACUUUUUUACGUCCUGUGUUCUAACAAAAAAGCCAGUCCAAAGAGCUGUAGCUUAAUUUACCAGUAGUAUCUGUUUUGUUUACAUUUGAAGGAAGUGUGCCUGAGAUCAAAUCGAUAAACAAGCUGUGACGGACAGACCUGCAGAAAGAGGUGGACGAUUGCUCGCGCAGGGCGCUAAGUGUUUUCCUAUCGAGGUCCCCGAGUUAUGAAUUAUUAAUUUUCUUCUGUCGUCUUCUACGUUGUUUAAAUGACGUCAGGUCGUAGUUUGUGAGUGCGCUAUGCUAAACUAGCGCCGUGCGCGCGAGAGACGUAUUUUGAGUAAAACGGUUUGUCACGUGCGCGUGAUUGAAUGUUGAAUGAAAAUUAGUUCAUCAGCACGACAGUGAAGAGAUCAGUGGUAAAGUAAGUCCCGCGUUCUUGUCUUGAUAGUUUUGUGAUCAAUGUCUGAUACAGAACAUGAUCGAAAUGUCUGUGGAAAAGGAAGCUGCGGGUGAGAAUGUACCUCCUGCUAAAGUUGAGCCGCCUCCUGUGGGAGGGUACGCAGAAGUGCAGGCAACUCAAAAGAGUGACGAGGGGGGAGGUUUGUUGUUUCUGAGUGAAAAAGAGAGGGUGGAGCUUGACAGUACUAUUGGGGAGUUACCCAAGCCUAGGAAUGGCAUGCAACCACCCCACCACCAGAGAGUGCCGAAGAGGCGCAGUAGCUUCAACACUGGAUUCAGACACCCUACCUUUAAGAGGCGAAGAAGGGCAAAUUCUGACUGUGAUCCUGUUUUGCCAUCCAAGUUUUUGCUGGGUGGAAAUAUUUUUGAUCCACUGAAUCUCAACAGCUUGCUGGAUGAAGAGGUUAAUAGAAAACUGAAUGCAGAGACACCAAAGUCAUCACCAUUACCAGUUCGAAAUCGUGAUCCAGUGGAAAUUCUGAUUCCUAAAGAUAUUACAGACCCACUCAAUUUGAACUCUGGUGAUGGUGACAUAUUGGUGUCCCCAUUGAAGCUGGGGAGAAAGCGGCAUCGGCAUAGGCACCAUACUUCAUUUGCAGAUGUGACUGUAGUAAACAAGAUUCCAGCACCUCUUGGGGUGUCAGCAGUGGAGAUUCACAAUAGUGCACCCACUGGGUCAGGGAAUAUUAUCGGCAUUCCCACUGUUGAAGGGCCUCAACCCUAUGAACUAAAUACAGUGAUUAAUUGUCGUGAUGAGAUUGUUUCUCCUAUUUUACCCUCUGAACAGGCUGCAGUAGGUCAGGGCUCCUCAAGACAUCGCAAAAGGCGGAGAACACCAAGCAAAUCUGAAUCUGGGGCUCAAGGAACUGUCGAUGCUGAAAAUAACAAGAACCAGUUAUUAAAACCCAAGGGGAAGCCUUCAUUUCAGCAUCAGCACUCCCAUCCAGAGUUCAAGAGUAACCAGAAGAAGUUUCAGUAUGGUAACUACAGCCAGUAUUAUGGCUACCGGAAUCCAGCUCGGAGUGAGGACCAAAGACUUAAAGUCAUGAAUGCUGACUGGUUUGAAGGAAAGAGAGUUUUGGAUUUGGGCUGCAAUGUGGGUCAUGUAACAUUGGGCAUAGCAAAGAAUUGCAAACCCUCACAUAUUGUUGGAAUUGACAUUGAUGGUGGAUUGAUUUAUGCAGCCAAACGGAAUAUUCGCCACUAUUUGUCUGAGGAGAUGAUGUGCUCCCAAGAAGAAGGGUCUGCAAAGAGACAUUUCCCUGUUUCAAUGACUGUUAGCAGGGGUCCCAUUGCUGCACCUCCGGUUCCGCUGCAAAGUUCAGGGUGUGAAUUCCCCAACAACAUCACUUUUAUACAGGCAAAUUAUGUUUUGAAAUCAGAUGAGCUGCUGGAUAUGCAAAAACCAGAGUAUGAUGUUAUCCUGUGUCUCAGUCUAACCAAGUGGGUGCACCUGAACUGGGGAGAUGACGGCCUCAAACGAAUGUUCAAACGUAUUUAUCGGCAGCUCAUCCCAGGAGGAUUACUUGUUCUUGAACCACAACCAUGGUGUUCUUAUGGGAAACGGAAAAAAUUGACAGAGACCAUCUACAAGAACUACUGCAAGAUCACUUUCAAACCUGAUCAGUUCAUAGCAUAUCUUCUGUCCGACGAGGUUGGUUUCGUCACCUUUGAACGUGUUGGUACUCCAUCAAGCAAUUGCAAAGGGUUUCGGCGUCCGAUAUAUCUUUUUCACAAAAGCAAACCAUUAUCCAGUGAAGUUGGUGAAAGCUGAGCAAAAGAAGGCUGAUGCCAGUGUCGAAGGGAAACUGCUGUCACUCUGUCCAUUGUGUGAUCACUGAGCUUAUCAUCAAAGAGACCUUAAAAGCUUUGGAAGAUGAGGAUUUUCAAAGACUUUGGAGAUUUGUUUGCUGGACCAUUUGAAAUUGAAGUCGGCAGAACUGAGAGUUAUUUUGUGCACCCUCACCAUUCACAGUUGUAGAUUAGCCUUCCUAUUCUGUUGUUUGGCAGACCAUUUCUUUGCUUUAAGAGUACUCAUGAAUGACAUUUGAAAGUCCAUUUCAUCUGUAGCUGUUCUUCAGUAGACUGUGUCCUACAGGUUACCUUUGCUUCUGACGAGUUGUGUAUUUUUACAUGCUUCUCCCCAAAAACUUGAGGAUAAUGGGGUGGGGGGGAGUUUCUUGCGGGGGGUCUACUUUGAAGCCAAACUUUUACACGUGGAUUGCUGAGAGUUGCUCAUUUUACUCCCGUCUAUGUGUUCCUCGUUUUAUUUGGAGAGUACAGUGCAAGAGUAUUAGAGUAAUAGUGAACUCUUCUAAGGCACAUUCUCGAAAGAGACAGCAAGUGAGAAGUACGCUGCAUCAGCUGGGCAGUAUGCUGCUACCUGUGCUACAUUGUGCUAUAACUAAUUGGCACCAGCCGAGCAAGUAGAGCUGUGUCACUGGAGUAACAUCUUGGCAGCACAGACAUGCUAAGACAACUGUUUAUUUAUGAUGGAAGGAAAACCUGAGCUUUUCCCUUCAGUAUGGAACUUGUUUUGAAUGCAGUUUCAACAGGAGUAAUUUCAGUGUGUGUGUUACAAACCAGAUAACUUGUUUCUUUACUAUCCCAGUUGUUUUCCGAGAAGCUGUGCCCUUAUUUCAUUUCUGAUCUCUGUAAGAUUUUGGAAUUGUAUGAUGAGGCACUGAUUUAGUUUGUCAUUUUCUUCAGAGUAGUAGUUUUAAGUAGAAAUGAUGAAAAAUUAGUUAACACCUCUUUUUACUUUAGUGUCUGUGGUUAUGCAUUACAGAAUAAUCUCUUGUCAGAUAGCUCUUACAUUUUGCAGACUUGAUUUUGUAAUCCUUGUCAUUUGUGGUAUAUUCAGGAUUAUUUAUUCCAGUAACCAUUAUUAACUGAAUGUCUGUAUCACAUUGGUAGUGGGUACUUGCUGAAGAAUGCAAAGAUCACCUUUUUAGUGCCUUAUGCUCCUUAAGUUCCACAGGAGCUGUUAUCAAGUGUUUUGUAUUUCUAGUUGAGAGAAACUUGCUAGUUCCCUGCCUAUCCAUAACCUUUUUUGAUACUUGUGUUGACCUAUCCUCAUAUCUUUGAAGUAUGAUUUGUGCAUAAUUUUCAGCUGUGUAAUGCAGCAUUUAUUGAAACGCCUGUGUUUGAAUGAUUAGUCUCUGAAAGACAGCAAAUUUAACAUAUUGAGAAUUAUAAAGUUAAACAAAGUACCGUUCCCAUCUUUUUGUAAGCGUUGCCCACUAAAGCCUUUCCCACGGUUAAGGCUGUUUUUUAAAUUAAUCCCUUAAUCCACUUUCAUCAGCUCUUCAACCUCUGUCCCCAUUUUUAUGUCCUUUGUAGAUUUUUAUGUCCAUUGUAGAAGUUAUCAGCAUAAACUGCUCCUUUUCUAGAACUGCAGGUAUUUGAAAAGGACACAGUCUCACAGGACGAGUGGUUAAAACAGUUCUGAACUAUACUUGUACAUGCCACAUAAAAAAGCAUGGUUGAAGGUGUGUGUGUGUGUAUCAAAGGCGAGCAUAGUAAGUUUUUUUUUUUUAAUCAAGUUCUGAUUUCACUGUUCUAGUAUAGAUAAUAUGCUGCUAACUGAAGGCAGUGGUGAGUUUGACCAGGCAUGUGUGUACUGCAUCACUACAUUUGUGGUUUGGUGUCUGUAAGGGCAGGGAAUGAUAGGGAAGUAUUUUGUUACACAUUUAAUUUCUGACUUGUUGAAUAUUGCUUAUGUGCAGGACAGAUUGUAUGUGGAAGAAGUACUGUUGCAUGCAUGCAUAUGGAAAGCUUGUUUAGCUUAACUUUUUAAACUUUUUAUGCUCACAUAAAAUCCAUAUUUCCUCUUGUCACUUUUUUUGGGGAUGACAAGUUUAGAAUUGAUACCAGUACAUUCUGACAUUGUCUGUGUUAGCCUUUUUCAUGAAUAGUUUUUCAGGUCUGUGUUAGAUAAAGUCCUGUAUUUCAUUCAGUUUAGUAGUUAAUCCAGUAAGAAGUUUUGUUGGUGUAGUAUAGUUUUCAUCAUUGUUAGUAGUUUUUGGUUGCUCAUUAGAGUAGUGUUAAAUAAAACCUCUGUCAUACACACAUCACCCAUUUCACUUGCUGACCAUGGUCCCUAUACACGGACGGUUAUCUUGUUUUGUGGCAGAUUUCUUUUUUUUAUCUGUUACUUACCACCCUCUGCUACUGUAAAUUGAUUUUCUGUUACCUCCCAUUUGUUCUGCAGCCUGUUUGUUAUAUUCUUACAGCAACUUGUCAAGUCACACAUUGUCUGACCAAUUAAUUGGCUAUGCCAGUAACCCAGUCUAAAGGGACUUAAUGAGAUUUUAUUUUCAUUACUGAAAUUAAAAAAGUGUAUAAACAAUUUUUUUAAGCAAGGGAGUUUAUUUAAGAAUAAUUUUAAAAUGUCAUCAGUGUUUCCAUUAAUUAUACUCCAGACCCUCCUCCAGGAAGUGAUUUUGGUUUGUAAUGCAUCUUAUGCUGUUCUGGGUUUGUAGAAAAUGAGCACAACUUUUUGGAGUUGUGAUUCACAGCUCAUACUUUGGAAAAGAGAAAUAAACUUUUGUCCUGUGGCA